AUGACUUUGCUGGUUCAAAAACAGAGAGGUGGAAGACAGGACUACAUCCUUGCUGAUGGCGUCAAUGCUAUGCCCGAAGAAAGAGUUAGAGCUGACGGUGGCCGAGCCACCGGAGAAACACAAGCAAACAACAACGAUAUCAGGGCUGGUAAUACUAGCAACACUAACCACGGUGGAGGCAACCGCCCAAACAACGAGGACCCCAACGCUGCUGGUGAUCUUGGUUUUGAUCAUGACGUUUAUUACGAUGCCAAUGGUCACGAACGGCUGACAUCUUGGCACGAACCUGACAAUGGAAGCAACUUCAGUUUCGCUUCCGUGUCAACCAUAACCGAUGGAAACGCCGAAGUGGAGUAUCGGCUAUCAAAUAAAUUUCAAGCGCAUGCCCCAAGACAACUACAAACACGAAGUAAGACAACUGUAACACCAAAUUCGUCCAAAUGCAGUACCAACGGAGCUGUAGCCACCUCCAUGACUCCCAGGAGAGCUGUUCCUCGGCGAGUGGAAGUACCCAGACAACAAACCAGACGAAACACAGCUCAACGAGAGCACACUGUUACUGUUCGCAGACCGCCCGCACACUCCAUUGCACAUCACCCCUUCCAACCUCCAAGUGAAACCCUUUUUCGGCGGGGAAACUUUCCAACUGGAAAGUCCCAGCGCAAGCACUAA